AUGAAUCCAUCUGAAGCAGAACGAUAUUUUCUUCGCCUUCUUCUUAAUUAUAUUAGAGGCCCAACAUCAUUUGACGAUAUAAGAACUUUCAAUGGGGUAAAUGUCGGUACAUUCCGAGAAGCUGCACUUCUACAUGGUUUAUUAAAUGGAGACAAUCAUUGUGAAGAAUAUUUAUUCGAAGCCAUUAUUUACGAAAUGUCUUAUUCUUUAAGACGUCUCUUUGCUACGCUUCUUACUAUGUACAAUCCCAAUAAUUCCAAGUUAUUAUGGGAUAAAUUUAAGCCUUAUAUGACUACUGAUUAUGUACAUCAAAAUAUGCCUAUUGAAAUUGCUGAAAUACGAGCUCUGGAGGAUAUAAUUUCUAUUUUAGAAUCAAUUGGUAAAAAUAUAAUUGAUUAUGGAAUCGUGUCAUUUAACGUAAAUAUAGCUGACAAUAAAAAAUUGAUGAAAAUGGUUGCAGAGGAAACAACAAAUUUGGAUAUUGAAAGAGGUUUUACUUGUGCAGCGACAUUAAAUAAAGAACAACAGUUUGCAUAUGAUAUGAUCAUGAAAAAAGUAAAAGCUGAAUCAAGUGGCACUUUUUUCAUUGAUGGUCCAGGAGGGAUAUGUAAGACUUUUUUUUAUAGAGCACUCCUAACUGGUGUGAGAAGUCGACAUUUAAUUGCUUUGGCAACUGCAUCGUCUGGAGUGGCUGCAUCUCUAUUACCUAGAGGUCGAACUGCUCAUUCAAGAUUUAAAAUCCCUUUAGAAACUAUAGGAGAAGUUAAUUGCUCCGUUAGCAAACAAUCGGCCUUGGAAACUUUAUUGAAAAUGUCAAGGCUAAUAAUUUAA